ACUCUGGCACGUGGUUACUUCUUGACGGAAGCGGAAACAAAAUAUGGUUGCACUUUCGAAAUCAUUUGAACUGUGUUAAACCAAGGAGUAGUAAACAUUCACUGCGCAGAAUACCCAUUCAUAACGAUGGGAAAGAAAAAUAAAAAAGAGAAAAAGGGAAAAGGAAAGGAAAAAACAGAACUAAAGACUGAGCGAAAAGCAGAGAAGCGUACCAGAAAAGAGCUUGCUGUUAAAGGAGAAGUAGAAUUAAUUUAUUAUUUAUAAUUAAUAAGAUUAAGAGUGACUGACCACGACGACGACUUAGGACUACUACUACUACUACUAUUACUAUUGACGUGGUGUUACUAGUGACCGUUAGUCAGUGAAACAUGACCACAUUCAACCACAUAUGCGGCAACUCCACUGGCUUCCAAUAUCCUCUCGCAUCAAGUACAAGUCUGCCAAUCUAUGCUUCAACUCGUUCACUGACCCUCACUUUCCUUUCUAUCUCUCUGAACUGUUGCUUCCUUACACCCCCACAAGACAACUACGCUCUUCAAUUGCCAAUAGAACCCUCUCAAUCCCAAUAACCAAAACUAAGACCAUUGGUGAACGCUCCUUCUACUUCCAUGCGCCCACACGUUCUGGAACCAGCUCCCCUUCCACAUCCGUCAUUGUGAAACCUCGUCCACUUUCAAAAAGUCCCUUAAAACCCAUCUGUUUAGGUCCACCUAUGACCUGUGAUGCACCCUCCUUGCCCUGCCUCAUUUUCUGUCUCGGGUUGAUCCUGUAGUAUAGGCCGAAACGUGCCAAAGUGUACUAAUUUUUAUAGCUAUUUUAAUGUUUAAGCUACUUUAUUAUUUUAUUUUUCACACUGUCACUGUAGUUAUUAUUCUAGUGUCUCUGUUUUUUUCCUUUUUAUUUUACUUUAGCAGUUUAUAGUUUACAUAUUUUUAAUAAUUGUAAAGCGCUUAGAGCUGUAAGGUAAGCGCUAUAAAAAAAUGCCUAAAUAAAUAAAUAAACAAUACAAAAAGUUGAAUUUUCUGCCAAAAAGCCUUUGACAGCAAAAAUACAGACAGACGCACUUGGCUUGUAAUGUAUAAUAGGUAUGUAGUUGACAGGAAAGGGUUGACAUAUUAUAUCAAUUACAAAAGUGUCAAAUGAAAUGAAAUCAAAGAAUUUGCACAUGCGAUUCGACAGGUCCUUCUUAAGGUUUUCUUCUACCCGUCUCUGUGACUGUGUAUAUUUCUUAUUGCUUCAUCCUGAUUGCAGUUUCCAUUUAAGUAUUAUUUUUUUUUUGUAAUUAGAACUACUGAAACGGGUAAAAAUAUGUUGAUUGUUGAAAAAAUAUUUUUAAAAUAUAAUAAUCUUGAAGUUGAAAUCUAUAGUAGAUAAAUAUAAUUUUGGUUUGUACAGAUGCUAGGCUCUAACUAAAUGUGAACGAACUUGCUUCCCAAAGAAGGGGCAGGUAAUUACAAUACAAGUCAAUGAAAUUGCAUAUUCAUAUUGUAUGGUGGUUAAUGGGAUCUCAAAUGGGAAUGGAUCCAUCUGGGAAUGGGAUACUACUGGGAAUAGGAUCCCACCAAGAAUUGGUUUUUGACUGGGAAUGGGAUUCAAUCAGGGAAUGGGAUCUCUUUUGAGGAUGAAAUGUUUACAAAAGUUAUUAUAAAUGUUUUGUUUUUUAGGAGAAAAAUUUUAAAAAAUUUUAUUUACUUUAGCGAUGGGAUUUUUUCAUGGCCCUUAAUUUAGAUGUUAGCUAAAAGGCUGUUGAAGCUUUUUUUCCAAAUGCAAUCUUGGGCAACGUGGGGUAUAUUGGCUAGUUAUUAAGUAAUUAUUAGAAUAAACUUGUACUUUGUUAAUGACUGACAAUGUGUUUUAUAGAUGAUAUAGAGAUAACUAAUUAAUUAUUGAACACGUUAAAAAGCUCUCACUGUUUAGGCCUAUGCACUUUUAAUUUACGACACUAAAAUGCAUGAUGCAUUUUUGAUCUUGUCAUCUCGCUUCCUCAUGCUAGGCUUAUCUCAAUAGUUAAUUACAUCAAAUCUAGAGCCUUCAGUAUGAUUUUUAAAAGAACUCUGUAAAGAUGUAGAAUUUUAUGACAAGCUCCUUCACCUUACCAAUGUGUAUAUGUCAUUGAAAGGAAAUUUCAAUGAUGUCUUUGAAUGGGAAGGGUAAUAAAGGGAGCGACUGCAAUCAUGUUAGCACAAUAGGAAAUUAGUAAAACAAAGUAAAGUUAAACCUGAAAAAAGGAACGCAACAAAACAACGAACAUGUUGGCAGGAAGCCUUCGUCAGCGAAAAAACAGAAAAAACCAGAAUGAAAUUUAAAAAUAGCACUUAGCUGAGAAGUAGUAUCCAAGAGGGCAGCAAAUGAAUUCUUUUUUACUUAAUUGAGGAAGCUUGAUAUGAUAAAUAUGAAAUUUCAUGGACAGGAAAGACACAUCCAAUUCCAUAACAAUAUUCACUUAUCUGGUGGUGAAAAUUAAGUUUUGGGCAAUUUCACUAUGUUUAAAAACUCUGCAGUGUGAUAAAAGAUUCUGAAAACAGGGAUUAUUGGCAUCUUAAACAAAAUUUUUGCAGUGCUACUUUCAAUACAUAUGUACAUAUUUUUUACUUUAAGAUUGUUAGAAUAGUAAUGUGCUCAAAGAAGUGAUAGGAAUAAAUAAUGAAAUGCUUUAUUAUUCAACUAAAAGAAAUUAAUUUGUUACAACACGACUUUACUUUAGGAAGACAUAGAAAAACUUAUUGCUGAGUUUCAAGAACAAGACAGAAGAAAAGAACAAGUAAUCGAGGAACGGUCUGACCCUCCUUCACCACGGUUAGCAAGACUUAAUUAAUAUUUUAAGGGAAAUAUUUUAAAAUAUGUUUCACUCCUCACAUUUUGGAUGAUGCAUCCCACCCUCUUCAUCACAGAUACUUGGAUCGGCCCAUUCAGAACAAAUUCUUUCUCUCAGGGCGAGGAAUGAAAGAUAUAAAAAUUCUUUUGUUCCCCAAUCUGUAUGAAUUUACCAGCGUGCUCCCCCAGAUGUCACAAAAUCUAAAUGAGAACUAAUUAAAUCCCUGUUAUGUCUAAUGGAGUUCACUGAAUGGCUGUUUUUUAAACUAGUGAAAUAAUUUCAUGUAGUUGUCUUGUGUUUAAAUUGUUUUAGUUGGAAAAUGUGGACUUUAUUAAAUGUGUAUUUAUUUAUGUGCUGAAAAUGUAUAUGUACAAUGCAAUGAAAAAACAUUUCCAUUUGUUUGGAUCAAUAAAAAAUUAAAAAAUCUUAUCUUAUAUUCAUUCUUUCUGCUUGUGUUAAGUGGAAUGACUCAUCAGUAUUUUCAGUUAAUCUCAAAUCAAAUUUUUGUGUGCAAUUUGUGCAUGCUGGUGUACAAUUUUUGACUAAAAAGUGUAAAUAAUAAAACAUUAUUUAUUACAUUUUGAUGCUUUCCCCUAUCAGGUGCAAUGGCUCGUUGGUACCACACCCAGAUAAAGAUGAACUGCUUUUGUUUGGAGGAGAGUACUUUACAGGGAACAAAGUAGGUCUCUUUUCCCACUUUUUAUUAACAUCAUGAAGUCGGUGUGUUUAGUGAGGGUAAACACAUUCAACUGCUAAUAUCUCUAAGUUUAUCUCUUGUUUUUAGAAAGCCGCAAAGCUGAUAUUCACCAUGGACUUUGUUUUAAGGAGUCUUUUUAUCCAUUAAAAUAUAGUGGAUCCUGACUUGAUCUAUUCAGAAAAUUGGUUACAUUCUCGAAGUGUUACAGAAAAAAAAGAUGGUGGUAACUCAUGACAUAAACAAUGCAGCUGUGUAUAGAACUUAAUUUCACAUGUUUCAUUUUAAAACUAACAGACUAACAGAAGAGCUUAUGAUUACUUCAUGAAUACUGAAUGAGUUCUAACUGUGCAUCAUAUAAUAAUCUGAAUGACUUCUACAAGUGCAUCUGUUACGUACUGUUAUGGUUAUAAAGAUUAAAGAUUAAUAGUUGGCUCAUAACAAAAGACUGAUCUAACAGUUUUUAAAGAAAACUAUGAAAAAUCUAGUGAUAAUAAACUUUAACCUCAUUUUGAAAAUAAAUUUCUAUAUAAAUAUAAAUUUGAGUACAGAAGCAAAAAAAAUUAUCAACUUACAGCCAGUAGAAAAAAGGGUACAAUCCUCAAAAUAGAUAUAUUAAUUUAUACACACAAUAAUAUAAAUGUCUCUGAAUAAGCUCUAAGGUUACAUCAUAUAAUGUUCUGAAUUAGUUCUAAGUCUGCAUCAUAUAAUGGUUUAGCAACUAAUUUUGGCUUUGACACAAUCAGGUAGAAUAAUAAAGGGGUCAAAUCCUUCUUUUGAGUCCUAGAAACGUUAUUUGCUCUACCACAAUAAGCUCUAAAACUUUCUAUAUAUCUUCUAAAAUAUCUUUUAGACUGGUCAUUUACUGUUUCUUCCAUCCUAAUAUAAUGUGUGGAUCUGUGCAUAUAAGUUAUUCUCUUAGAUUCAUAUAAAGAUACAAUUUUUUAAAAAUUGCACAUGGUAGAGUUUACUAGUUUUAUAUAACUGAUGUAUACAAUCAUAAAGAUUUUUGUAAAUGUAUAUUAGAUAUAUAAAAGUUAUGAGGAUUAAUCCCCUCUCCAGCAAUUAUCUUCAUCUGAAACACUGUAUGUUUUAUUAAGGGUCAUUGUGGUCAGAUCCCCUCUCCACCUUUACAUGAAACACUACACAAAUCUAGAGCCUUCAGUAUGAUUUUGAACUGUGUAAAAUAAUAUGACAUUUUAACUUUGUUUGUUAUGUUAAGUGAACAUAAAUAACAAUAUGUUUUCCCACAGAUGUUUGUGUACAAUGAUCUGUUUGCUUAUCAAAUCAAGAGGAAUGAGUGGAUCAGGAUAUCUAUACCCAACGCACCACCUCCACGCAGUGCACACCAGGUCAGUCACCCAGUUAUUUUUUUUCAAAUUGAAAUACCUCACCUCAUGUCUCAAAUUUUAUGUAUGUGUUCUAUGUUUCAACCUUUAUGUACGUCUUAUAUGUGAGGAGCUCAGACACGUAUGAAUACAUUUUUUAAACAUUUGUAUAACUUGUUUUUAACAUUCAUGCUGUCACUGUAUCAUGUUAAUAGCAGGUUUAUUUUACCCAAAUUGUCCGUACGUACUGUUAUAUAGUUUUGAAAAUUUAAUCUGUUUUAAGAUUUGACUAUUUAAAUGAACAAUACGUAACAAAGAACCAAAGAAACGGUACGCAGAGAAAAACUAUACCAAAACCUAGUCAUACUAACAAUAUUCAAUUUAAUUGUACUAUUAAAUUAUAUAAAAAUACAAUAUAUAAAUCGACAGAAAUAUAAACUGUAUUAGCUUUCAGCACCACAAGAGAAAAAGUACAAUUCUGGAAAAUAUAUGAUGCCUCGGAAAUGUCUAGGAAAAUCGAAAAAUCUCUCCCGCUAGGAAAGCUGCCAGCUUAUAUAUAGGAGUAAAUUAGAACCCUCUAGAGAAGAAACUCUAGAAAUUUCAUCACCUGUUUGCAUUCUUUACAACAAAUAAAGUGUAUUCGAACGUAAACAAAUUUUUUCCCAAUCAUGGAAGGGUGGGUAAAAAGUAUUGGCGCGACACAUUUAAUGGGUAGUGUCCAUAUCAAAACAAAAAAGGGGAUGGGGAUGGUGAAACACUUUAGAUCUAGGUUGAAGUAAACAAAAUUAAGUCAAGAUGUAUACUAUAACACCGUCACUGUAUCACACCAAUGACAAGUUUAUUAUAUCCAGUCUCUAGCUGUAUCACACCAAUGACAAGUUUAUUAUAUCCAGGCUCUCACUUUAUCACACCAAUAACAUGUUUAUUAUAUCCAGGCUGUCACCGUAUCAUAUCAAUAACAUGUUGAUUAUAUCCAGGCUGUCACUGUAUCACAUCUAUAACAAGUUUAUUACAUUAAGGCUGUCACCGUAUCACACCAGGGAGGUCAGAUGUGGGUCUUUGGGGGAGAGUUCUCCAGCCACACACAGAAUCAGUUCUAUCACUACAAGGACUUUUGGAGUUUAAAUCUCAGGGAUAAAAAGUGGGAGCAGAUAAAGUAAGUUGGUGGAAUUCUGUUACCACUUUGUACAUGUCAAACCUCUUAUUCAAAUGUAACUCCUAUAUCAGGUCAUCAUCAGUCUUACUACCAGAUAUCAAGCGAAUUCUGUUACCACUUUGUACAUGUCAAACCUCUUAUUCAAAUGUAACUCCUAUAUUAGGUCAUAAUCAGUCUUACUACCAGAUAUCAAGCAAAUUCUGAAAACUUAUAGAUUCAGUGUGCUCUGAAUUUUUAGGUUUAUAAAGAGAAUACAUAGAUCAUUUAAUGUAAAUAACCCAUCAUGUCCCCUGAUGUGUUCUAAUUGUGUAAUACAUUGGUUUUCAACUGGCAUGCUACAACACACUGGAGUUUCCCUAGAUUUUAAUAAUAAAAUCAUACAAAUUAAUAUCGGAAGGUUUUUUUUUUUUUUUUGUAGUCACUUACCUACAAAGUAAAAUUAAAAUUAUAAAUCCAUCUAAUUGAAAAGAAAAACAUUAUUAGUGAUUACACCAAAGCACAGAUAUUUUUAUGAAAAGACCUGAUAUUUAUAGGUGUGUGGCAGAUAUGUAUGAAUUAGUUUCUCAUAGAUACAACAGGUAGGAAACCACUGGUGUAAAUUAUUGAUGUCUAAAUAAAACUGUAUGUAGUGUUUAGUAUUUCUUGAACUCAUCAUUAUCACUUGGAUUUGAAGUGAAUUAUUUAUUAAGACACAUUUCUUAUUUAAACAAUUGCAGACUGAUGGUGUGAUUAUUUUAUUCAGAUUAAAGUCUAAUUUUUUUUGUAUUCAGAUUAAAGUCUAACUUAUUAUUAUUCAGAUUAAAGGCUAACUUAUUAGUAUUAAGAUUAAAGUCUAACUUAUUAGUCUCAGCAUCAGGCCCUGCAUUUUAUACUCUGUUCAUUACAAUUGGUGAUACAGUUCAAGAAUAAAAAUUACAUAUUUUUUUUUCAGAGUGCCAGGUGGACCUUCUGCUCGGAGUGGACAUAGAAUGGUGGCUUUAAAGAAACAAAUUAUUGUUUUUGGUGGUUUCCAUGACAACAUAAGGUCAGCCAUUAGUUAACUAAUUAUCAAUGUUAUGGCUUUUUCAACGUCUUAAACUUUUUAAUGAACAUUUUUGUUUUGUAUUGUGCAACUUAUUCUUUUUAAAGUAAAUUUAAAGUAAAUUUAAUGAAAGACAAUUUAAUUAUCUGUAUUAUUAGUCUAUAACAAAUACUAUUAAUAUAUUUCUGCUUAAUUUUUUAGUUGUGUGCUUUUGUUUCAUUAUAGAGACUACAAAUAUUACAACGAUGUAUACUGUUUUGACCUAGAGACAUACACAUGGACAACAUUAAAUCCAACGGGCACAGGUCCAUCUCCCAGGUUGGUCUUAUUAAGCUCCCUUUGUCACGCCAACAAUAGUGAAAGUUUCCUCUUUAUCUAUAAUUAGUUUUAACCAAAUUGAAACAUGACCUACUUACUGUUGUGUGACCUACUUACUUCUUCUUCUUCUAUAUAUUAAUUUAUUGACCAUUUUGGCUCCUAAUAUGCAUGUAGAGGAGAUUUGCAAUGUUUCUGUACCUGGUUUUGAUAAGGAUAUUUCCCUGGUUGCAAGGGCUCAUUUGUGAGGGUAUCAUGCACUGGGGGUUGCAAGGGCCACUUUGUGAGGGUAUCAUGCACUGGGGAGUGGAAGGCCUUAAGCAAUAGAUGCAAAUGUGUCAAGUGUUGUCGCCUUAACUGUUCCCUUUGAAAGCUUGUUCCAGUCCCUGAUUGUCUUUGGCAGGAAUGAGCAGUUCCUAUACUGGCUUCUCGCUGAUAUGAGCCAGAACUGCCUGUCAUGGCCUCAUCGCUGUCUAUGGGGGAGAGGGACGAGUUUCUGUAUAAUGCUGGAGCAGUGGAUUAUUUAUCUUGUACAUCAUGGAGAGCCUGGAUAGUCGUCGUCGUUCCUCCAAUGGUGACCAGCCUAGUUUUUCCAGCAUCCUGCCAACACUAAGGGUAUUCUUGUACCUGUUCAGGACAAAGUGUGCUGCCCGUCGCUGGAUCACUUCCAACCUAUCGAUGCUCUUCUGGGUAAAUGGGUCAAACUGAAGAUGCAUAAUCUAAAAGCGGACGGACUAAGGCUUUAUAGGCUCUUUCUUUCACACUGGAGUUGCUGAUCUUUAGAUUAUGCGUUAAGAACCCCAGGGUCUUGUUUGCCUGGUUGCACACAUUGUUCAUAUGCUCGUCCCAGUGGACCUCUAUUUAAAUGGCAACACCCAGGUACUUAACGAAGGAAACUGGCUCAAGUAUAUGGCCACGCAGUUCGUAUGUGUAGAGGAGUACAACUUCUAGAGACUGACAGUGUCUGGCACUUGGCAGGGUGAAAUUCCAUGUCCCAGCUCAUCUCCCACUUACUGUGACCUACUUACUUUUUUGUGACCUACUUACUGUUGUGUGAACUACUUACUGUUGUGUGAACUACUUACUGAUGUGUGGACUACUUGCUGUUGUGUGAACUUCUUACUGUUGGGCAGAAGUGACUGCUAUUGAAGCAACUUUACACCACCUAUCUGCAAUCUUCAUAGUUUAUCCAAGCAAUCAGAGAAAUGUAGUUGUUUUCUCUAACUGCAUCUGAGUAUCAACAUCUCACAACAACAGUACAAUCACUAUUUCUCAAAAUAAGUACUUUCCUCAAAACUUUUGCAGUCAAGCUGACCUUACAAUGGAUGCCAGGUCACCACAAUGUAACCAGGACACCACAAAAUACCAGAACACCACAAUAUACCACAACACCACAAUACACCAGGACACCACAAUAUACCAUGACAUGAAAGAGUAGACAAACCAGCAUAACUGGGAGCAUCCGAUGAACAGCUACAUAUGCCUACAUCAUCACUAAAACUUCGAAUCAGCUUAUCAGAGCUAACAAAAAAUAAUAGUGGUUCAUUGGAUGGGCUAUGGGUAUGAUCUCAACAGGAAGAUGUGUUUUCACACCCAUGUCCAUUCCGACCCCAAAGACACAAUAAAUUGCCUUCAAAUAAAAAAACAAGUCAUAAUCUUUUACCUGGGCUCAUACAACUUCAUUCCCACCUUAACCACAUAAAAUCAAAUUAAACACCUAUGUUCCCCCUCUGCAGACAUCCAAAUGAGACGGUAACAUUGUUUACCUCCAAAUGAGUUGAUAACAUUGUUUACCUCCAAAUGAGUUGGUAACAUUGUUUACCUCCAAAUGAGUUGGUAACAUUGUUUACCUCCAAAUGAGUUGGUAACAUUGUUUACCUCCAAAUGAGACGGUAACAUUGUUUACCUCCAAAUGAGAUGGUAACAUUGUUUACCUCCAAAUGAGUUGGUAACAUUGUUUACCUCCAAAUGAGACGGUAACAUUGUUUACCUCCAAAUGAGAUGGUAACAUUGUUUACCUCCAAAUGAUUUGGUAACAUUGUUUACCUCCAAAUGAGAUGGUAACAUUGUUUACCUCCAAAUGAGUUGGUAACAUUGUUUACCUCCAAAUGAUUUGGUAACAUUGUUUACCUCCAAAUGAUUUGGUAACAUUGUUUACCUCCAAAUGGGACGGUAACAUUGUUUACCUCCAAAUGAGACGGUAACAUUGUUUACCUCCAAAUGAUUUGGUAACAUUGUUUACCUCCAAAUGAUUUGGUAACAUUGUUUACCUCCAAAUGAGUUGGUAACAUUGUUUACCUCCAAAUGAGUUGAUAACAUUGUUUACCUCCAAAUGAGUUGGUAACAUUGUUUACCUCCAAAUGAGUUGGUAACAUUGUUUACCUCCAAAUGAGUUGAUAACAUUGUUUACCUCCAAAUGAGAUGGUAACAUUGUUUACCUCCAAAUGAGACGGUAACAUUGUUUACCUCCAAAUGAGACGGUAACAUUGUUUACCUCCAAAUGAUUUGGUAACAUUGUUUACCUCCAAAUGAGACGGUAACAUUGUUUACCUCCAAAUGAGAUGGCAACAUUGUUUACCUCCAAAUGAGUUGGUAACAUUGUUUACCUCCAAAUGAGUUGAUAACAUUGUUUACCUCCAAAUGAGUUGGUAACAUUGUUUACCUCCAAAUGAGUUGGUAACAUUGUUUACCUCUCCUCCAAAUGAGAUGGUAACAUUGUUUACCUCCAAAUGAGUUGGUAACAUUGUUUACCUCCAAAUGAGUUGAUAACAUUGUUUACCUCCAAAUGAGUUGGUAACAUUGUUUACCUCCAAAUGAGUUGGUAACAUUGUUUACCUCCAAAUGAGUUGAUAACAUUGUUUACCUCCAAAUGAGAUGGUAACAUUGUUUACCUCCAAAUGAUUUGGUAACAUUGUUUACCUCCAAAUGAGAUGGUAACAUUGUUUACCUCCAAAUGAGUUGGUAACAUUGUUUACCUCCAAGUGAGUUGAUAACAUUGUUUACCUCCAAAUGAGUUGGUAACAUUGUUUACCUCCAAAUGAUUUGGUAACAUUGUUUACCUCCAAAUGAUUCGGUAACAUUGUUUACCUCCAAAUGGGACGGUAACAUUGUUUACCUCCAAAUGAGACGGUAACAUUGUUUACCUCCAAAUGAUUUGGUAACAUUGUUUACCUCCAAAUGAUUUGGUAACAUUGUUUACCUCCAAAUGAGACGGUAACAUUGUUUACCUCCAAAUGAGACGGUAACAUUGUUUACCUCCAAAUGAUUUGGUAACAUUGUUUACCUCCAAAUGAUUUGGUAACAUUGUUUACCUCCAAAUGGGACGGUAACAUUGUUUACCUCCAAAUGAUUUGGUAACAUUGUUUACCUCCAAAUGAUUUGGUAACAUUGUUUACCUCCAAAUGAUUUGGUAACAUUGUUUACCUCCAAAUGGGACGGUAACAUUGUUUACCUCCAAAUGAUUUGGUAACAUUGUUUACCUCCAAAUGAUUUGGUAACAUUGUUUACCUCCAAAUGAUUUGGUAACAUUGUUUACCUCCAAAUGAUUUGGUAACAUUGUUUGCCUCCAAAUGGGACGGUAACAUUGUUUACCUCCAAAUGAUUUGGUAACAUUGUUUACCUCCAAAUGAUUUGGUAACAUUUAUUUUUAUUUUAUUGUGCAAUUAAGAUUUAAAAAAAAAACUAUUCCUAAAAUUCUCUAAAUAAAUUUCUGAGCAUUUAUUUCUCCUCAGUAAUCCAACUCCAUUUAACUUGGAGAGAGAGCCAGUGAUAUAGGCUGUUAUUGUUUAGUCGUUAUCAGAAAUGUUUAUCUUUGCUUUGUCUUAAAUGAACCUUCACUCUGUUGUAUACGGUGAUAGUGAAAAUUUGUGUACUUAAAUUGUUUUAACCUUGUUUUAACCUACGAAAGAGCUUAGCAACCAUAAAAUUAGAUGAUAUUCAUAUAUCUCAACAAACCAACAGAUCAGGCUGUGUCCUGUUGCCUGUUCCGGACUUGGGUAAAAUCAUCAUAUAUGGUGGAUACAGCAAAGAGCGAGUCAAGAAAGAUGUAGACAAGGGCACAACUCACACAGACAUGUUUGCCCUUGCCUUAGAAAGUAAGCUUGCGUCUUACCUGAACAUUGAAUUUACCUUCUCAUUCUUACUGUAGAAAAUAGGCAGUUGAAUAAAAGCAUAUUUUUCAAAUAGUUAUUGGCUGUUUCAGAAAGUGGGAAAUGAAUGAAUGCUUCACUUAUGCAGGGUUUGUUAGAGAUAUUGCAAUGAAUGCUUCACUUAUGCAGGGUUUGUUAGAGAUAUUGCAAUAAAUGCUUCACUUAUGCAGGGUUUGUUACAGAGAUAUUGCAAUGAAUGCUUCACUUAUGCAGGGUUUGUUACAGAGAUAUUGCAAUGAAUGCUUCACUUAUGCAGGGUUUGUUACAGAGCUAUUGCCAUCUUUUACUGUACCUAAUGGGAGUAACUUUGUAAAGUAAAAAAAACUUUUUUUUUUUUUUAGGUUAAAACAUUUGAAUUGAUUAUGCUGUUUAUCUACAAAUAAUAAUUAUACUUGCACUUAAAAAAUUUGUAUGACACAUUUUAUAAUUGUAUUCUUGAAGAAGUUCGUCAACAGUUCCGCUGCUCUAAUCAACUUUUGGAAGUCAUUCUUGAAUACUGAUGACAUGAUUUUCUGUUUGACAUCUUUCUUUCUUUUUGUUUGGUAGCCGGUAUUUGAUGCCAAGCCAAGUUGGUUGUGGUCGCCCGACUAUGGCGUUGCUAGGCCAUUCAUUUUCUCCAUAUACUUUCAUAACAUUUAACAAACGAUAGAGCAGAAAAAUGUUCACUUCACUCAUUUGAAAUGUACUUUGUCUUUAAAUAUCAUCUUUGAACAUAGAGUGCAAGGGAACAGAGGACCCUAUAAACCCUGGCUCCAAUAAAUCUGAAUAACUCUUUUUUUGUGUGGCUUAUUCGUUGUAGUUCGAACCUUUGGGGAUGAAGCGUGUUUUUGAAAUGAACUUUAUUAUUAUUAUUAGUUAAAAUGUAAUGCUUGGACAUUUAGAAAAAAGAGAAGGCUCAACUGAUGCCACCCAAAAAUGGAAAUGGCAGCCAGUUAAACAAAGUGGUGCUCGACCCUCUGCUCGUUCAGGAAUGUCAGCAGCUGUUGCCACUGGAAACAAAGCAUUUUUAUUUGGUGGCGUAUUUGAUGAGGUAAGUGCAGCUUUUUUAACCUUUUAAUUUUAAACUGUAGGACAUGUUCACAGGAAGUUCAUUCAACUUUACGUGAUAGUCACGGAGCACCAUAGCUUCAGCUUAUUUUAAUAAAUUAUUUCUUGUGCAAUUUACAUUAUCAUUAGUUUUAAAUUUACAUAUUUAAAAUAAGAAUCUGUUCAUUUCAUUAAAAUAACAAUUAAAAACUCUUCACCUGGGGCUUGUAUUUAUGUUUAAGAUAAUGUUUUUUUAAAGCAUUUGAAACAUAAUUAUAGUACGGUACCCAUUUUCACUGACUCUAUAGUAAAAUAAAUUAUAAAUAUCGAUUUAAAAAUUUAGUCAAGCAAAUGUUACUGAUCUCAAGUAUUGUGGAAAUCAAGUCAGAUGAGAGGUACCGGUAUUAGUUUUAUCUGCUACUGCUGCCAAUUUCAGUGGAGUUAUUGAUCUACCUCCCAUUUGAGGAUUCUCUUUGUUCAAUUAAAAAACAAAUUUCAUGUUUCUAAAAUAAUAUUUUUCAUUAUUUAUUUGUUAAGGAAGAUGAUGAUGAAGAUCUUGAAAGUGUUUUUUUCAAUGAGCUCUGGUCAAUGGACUUGGAGAAAGGAAAGUGGUUUUCUCUACAACUAAGGUACUGGUGGUCUGUUGCACAUUUAUUAUAAUGUAGUUUUUAAAUAAUUUUGUUCUUUUUGCAUUUUAGCUAAUAAAUAGAGUAAAUUUGUUGGUUUCACUAACGACACAUUUCACAUUUUUUUAUAUAUUUAUAUUAAAGAGCAUCCAAGACAAUGCAUAGAAAGGCUUAAUUUCAAUGUUCCUACCUUUGUAACAAGGAAAAUUACAAUUUUUAAAAAAUCAAAAUUAAACCAGCAUAUACUUAUUUUAAAUCAUGUUGUUCUUUAAGUGUAGACACCACCGCUGUUUUAUAUUCAAAGGAAAGUAAAAAAAAAUUAUUUGAUUUUUCAAAAAAAAUUUUAAAAAUAGGGUAAAUAAAUUAUCUGAGCUGAAAAACUUCCAUUAUAUCCAUGAAAAUAAUUAAUAUGUAACUGUUACCAGUGACAAUCAAAUUCAAGGCCUUGGGCCAACAAAUAUCUUAUUUGAUUGUCUUCAAGAGCACAAAGUGAAGAUAGCAAAUAUUUGGUUUCAAUGCUUUCUUUAAGUUCAACUUCCCCUCUACCCUAAGAGGACCUAUGUGAAAAAGUCUGUGUGCAGUGGCUUGGGUAUAUAUGUUUUUAAGCCAGUUUGUGGAUGUUUUACAUCAUUCUGUGAUUUGGUUCUCUGAUAAUAUUCCCAGAGGCAAGAAGCAAGUAGCAGGUGAAAAGAAAAAGAGACGAAGGAAGAAAAAAGAAGAUGAGGACCAAGGUGCUAAUGAGGGGGAUGAAGAAGGUGAGGAGGAGGAGGAAAUGGAAGAUGAUAUGGAGGUGGCCCAGGAAGCGGUGGAGAAUCUAGAACUGGAAAGUGCAGAGGAUUCCACAAAUUCAACUAAUGAUGGGGUAUUUAAAGUCUCUUACGCACAGCCGACUGGCACUCCCGGGGAGGAAACUGCAGGUGUGACUGCAGGUCUGGGCAUGGAUGUCGACCAGUUCUGGCCAUCAAAACGCAUGAAUACUGCUUUAGCUGUAAGCAAUUUGAAAAUCAUUUUUCUUUUUUUACACAAAAAUUGUAUGGAAAUCAAUACUAUCAUCAAAAUGUGCCAUAAAAAUAUCAUUUCAUGUUCCAUCAAAAGCGGACUUUGAUUUCAAGAAGAAUUAUUUCAUUGUAUAUAUCUGAUGUGGCAAAGUAGCUUCCAAAGUAGCUUCCAAAGUAGCUUCCUUUAUCUCCACAGGUCAAAAUGAUGUUUACACUGGGUUGUCAUUUUUUUAUUUAUUUAAAACCAUUUUUUACAUUUCCUAGAAAUCUGAAAUUGUGCCGGAAAUUUUAAUCCAUCUGUCAUAGUCAUUCAACUAAUUUGGUGGAUCCUUGUUUUCCUGCAUUCCAAAAUAUAUGCGCAGUAGUCACAAUAUAUAUAAUUUUUGGGAGAAAAUAACUAAUUUAUGACAACUAAUUUUUCCAGUUACUUCCCUUGCAAUAACAAUGCAUUAUACAACUUAAUACAAGUAACUUUAGUAAGGAACAUUUCAAAAAUAUAUUUCACUCUUCAAUUUCCUGGUCUUGAGAGAGAGAGAUAGAGGGUAAGGGGUGUUAUCCUUAUCCAAAUGUAUUAAAACUGUAUUUUAAACAUACUCGAAAUAUAGGAAAUAGUCAAUAUAUUUUUACAGUUAUCAAGUUUAAUUUACUUCCAAUCGUAUUUGUAACUUCACUAAAAUGUUUUUUGUCAAACUCAUAUAUUUGUAUGUAUCAAAUGUAUUUUCAGGUUAAAGAUGGAACACUUUUUAUGUAUGGAGGUAUUUAUGAAGAUGGGGACAAACAAGUUACACUCAACGACUUCUACGCUCUGGAAAUCCAUAAGUUGGACCAAUGGUCUGUCAUUAUUGCAGAAGAUCGUAGAUUACAAGAGUGGCAAGAUUCAGAUGACUCUGAGGAUGACCAGGGAGCAAAAUCAGGGGGAGGGGCUACAGGAAGUCAAACUAAAAUGGAUGACAGUGAUGAGGAUGAUGGUAAGCUUGGAAGAACAAGAGUUGAGGGUAACACAAAAAAAUUAGGGUAGCAGAAGGGUUAGGAAUAACACAAGAAAUUAGGGUGGCAGAAGGGUUGGGGAUAACAUAAGAAAUUAGGGUAGCAGAAGGGUUAGGAAUAACACAAGAAAUUAGGGUAGCAGAAGGGUUGGGGAUAACACAAGAAAUCAGGGUGGCAGAAGGGUUGGGGAUAACACAAGAAAUUAGGGUGGCAGAAGGGUUGGGGUAACAAGAGUUGAGGGUGACACAAGAAAUUAUGGUAGCACAAGGGUUGGGGGUAACACAAGAAAUUAGGGUAAUAAGAGCUGAGGACUGUUAAAAGAUACAAAGUAAGUUAGUGUUGUAAAGCUUUACUUAAUCAAAGUUAUAGUUGGCUGAAACUGAAAGACAUAUUUUACAAAAUACUAAAUUUAAAAAAAAAAGAACCAACAAUAAAAUGCAAGUUAUAAAAAAAUUCAAGCAAAUAUACACAUGAAAUGAUUUAUAAAAUAAAUACAAGAAAAAAGAAAUGGAAAGUGGAUUUAGCUUCAUCUUCUUCAUUUUUUGAGGUGGGGCUGAAAAUUUAAUAGAAUGUGUUGCCAAUGGCAAAAAGUCUAUGUGCCAAGUUUCAGCUCAAUAGUUUGAUGGGAAGUGGGUCAUUUAGCCUUCCAAAGAUUUUGCCACAAACCCAGCCAGAAAGAAAGCGAAGUGAAUAUAACAGAUUUAAAAAUUCAAGUAAGAAUAUUUUAAAAGAAUAAAAAACAUUUGGAAUCAGUCUCAACAAAAUUUUUAAACUGUUCAACAGAUGAAGAUGAAAGUAUGGAAAUAACCUUUGAUGAUGCACCGGAUCGAAGAGAUGGGGAAGGCAUUGUAGAUUACUUCAGUCGAAGCCAGGACUACUGGGUGCAAAAAGCCAAAGAGAUUUAUGAAGAAGAAGGGGAAACAAUCAGUGAGAGAAAGUUGGUGCGGUUUGCAAAAGAAAUUUGUGAGGAGGCUUGUGACAAAUAAUAAAAAUAAUUAAUUAUUUAUGACACAAUUGUUAUUAUUUCUAUGGAGAGAUCUGAAAUUUUUUGGAAUGUGCUUUGUUUGAUGUUGUUCACAGUGGUUAGACAUUUUUAUUGAAUGGGUAUUUAACAUUAGGUACAGAGGGAUCGAUCUAAAAUUUAAACAUAAAAAUAUUCAUAAAAUGAUGCUUAUUAAUUAAGUCAAGGCUUAACUAUUGCCAUUUUAUUUUGUUUACUCGUUGAAUGUUACAAAAACUGCAUUUCAGAAAAC